AUGCAACGCAGCGCACCGAAAGACGCGGCAGCGUUACAGCGUAGCGCCGAGCCGGCGAAACGCAAAGGCGCACAUACCGCAAAGCCAGAUGCGAAGGACGCAAAGCGCGCGCGUCUGCAAGCGCCGCCAAUUGUUCCGCCGCACUUGGCCUCGCGACCCGAAACCUUCUCGUCGUUCCCCCGUGGCGGCGGCACGGGCCUUACGCCUGUAGAGUACCGGCAGUCCGUCCUGGAAGGUCGACGUGAAUCUGCAGCAGACGGUGAUCUUUUUCACGAAAGUGCAAAGAAGAAAAGUAAGACACUCGGCGAAAAGGCGCAAGGCAAGAAGCGGCGCAGCACAAACGCACACCCCGGCGCGAAAGAGAUGUUCCGCAUCGAGACGCUGAACUACAGGCGGCUUGUCCCAGGCACAAAAAUGCUUUGCAAUAUUCUUGCCGUCCAUCCGCUUGCGCUUGUCGUCAGCAUGUGCGACCAGAUGCUCGGACAUAUUCCUGUCACGGCUGUAAGUGGCCGCUUGACAGAUCGAUUGCAAGCUGCGCUUGACGACGAGGACAAUGCAUCUGACGUCUCCGAUAACGAGUACCCUUUGCACGACAAGGAUGCACCUGAGCUGCGCGACCUGUUCGCUGUGGGCGACUGGGUCGUGGCCUGCGUGGAAAAAGUCACCGCGCCCGGCUCGAAGAGGCAGUGGGGCAUGGGACGCGAGGGUGGCGAAUACGAGCGCGAAAGUCAACGUGUUCAGCUUAGCAUGGACCCGGCCGUGGUGAAUGAAAGCGUAGGCGUGUCGGACUUGUCGCCUGGCUUUUUGCUUCCUGCAGUGGUUGCAUCCCACGAGGACCACGGCUUUGCUUUGGACCUUGGGAUUUCUUCGCUGCACGCGUUUCUGCCGAGCAAAAACGUGCCGCAAGGCACAAACUACCGCGUGGGCGCCGUUGUGAUUGUCGCUGUCGUCAAGGUCGAAGGCAAUGGCCGCAUGGUGCGCUGUACGCCGCUGCUUCCCGGUGCCGCUCCGCGUUUUUUGCAUUCCGCACCAAAUCAUGCAGCGCUUUUGCCCGGCGAAUGUGCGCGUGGGCUAAUUACGACAAGCACGCCGCAAGGGCUGGGCAUUAAAUUGUUUGGCAUGCUUGACGCAACCGUCAAUAGCGUGCACAUGCCCUCGACGUUGGACGAUCCAAGCAUGCUGCAAGUCGGGAAAAAGCUCCUUGUGCGCGUUUUGUGGAACAUGCCUACCGAAACUGGCGACGAGGUCGGCGCGCGCCGAAUUGGCCUCAGCGUCUCGCCGCAUGUUCUUGCGCUGCGCGCGCCGCUAUCUGGCGGCAAGACACUUCCGGAAUCGGUUCCCAUCGGCACGAAACUCACCGCAAAAGUGCUGCGCGUCGCGAGUGAAUGGGGUCUUGUAUGCACUGUUGUGAGUGCGCCUCUGGAAGGCUUUGUGCACAUUUCCCGCGUGCAAGACGAGCAUGUGGACGCUCUCUCACCUACAGGACCGUACGCACCGGGCACAGAGCAUUCCGCGCGCGUUGUAGGGUACGCUAUGACCGACCGACUGUUGCUGCUCAGCCUGCAGCCGUCUGUGCUGAACAAGGAGUAUAUGCGCGUGAGUGAUGUGCCGCUUGGCCAGGUCGUCCGUGCCAACAUCCAUCGCGUGACGCCCAAUGCCAUCUUUGUGCGCAUGAAUGGAAAUGUGGAUGGCGUGGUAUUCCCGCUGCAUUACGCCGACAUCCGCCUGAAGAACCCUGAGAAAAAGUACAAGCCAAACUUGGAAGUGAAUGCGCGCGUCAUCCACACAGAUCCAGCGCGCAAUCGUAUCGUUCUUACACUCAAGCGCUCACUUGUCGAGUCUGAUUUGCCGCUUGUUACGAGUAUAGAAGGGGCGCGACCAGGUCUGGUCACCAACGCCGUGGUGCUCAAAUCACUGCAAAAGAGCUUUUUGGUCGAGUUGGGCGGUACAGUCCGGGCCGUUGUCCCGUUUGCGGAAACACCCGAUGCUAGCUUGAGUGAGGCGCAGCUUGCGGAACUGUACCCGCCGGGCAAGGUUGUCAAAGUACGCCUCACACAAGUCGAGCCAGACACGGGCCGCAUUGUUGCAAGCAUCAAGCAGACGAGCCCGAAAUUCCUCGAAAAAGUUAACGUGGAUAUUGUCGAUAUUGGCGAGCAAGUAUCGGCACGCCUUGCUACUGUGCGCGACGACGUGGCGAUUUUGUCGCUGGAGCCUGGCAAGGCUCGUGCGCUCUUAGCGCUGCCGACAUUAGCACGCCAGCGCGGUACAGAUGUAGCGACAUUGCGCGCAUCACUUCACGAAGGUGACCUGCUCGAAGACUUGUAUGUGAUUAAUAAGAAUGCCGAAAAAGGUAUUUUGCUUCUGGGCGAUUUUGCGCCAGGAUCGCGCAGCAAAGCACACUUGCAAUCCGGUGCACAAGUGCGUGCGCGCGUCACUGCCGUACAUAUGAGCCAGCUAUGCUGCACGCUUAGUCUACUUGACUCAAAUACCAAGGGCAAGCUGCACUUGACAGACACUGCCGAUGACUUCCAAAAAGCAGUGCUUCCGGCUGUGGGCGAAGUGGUGGACUGUGUCGUAUUGCAGACGCGCAAGGAUGGAAAAGAAGCAAGCCUGUCUACGCGCGUAUCGUGCAUGACGAGCAAUGCACCCCUGCCCCCAAACCCUUCCAUCGAAAAUGUCGCACAGCUCGAGGUGGGAAUGCACUUGGAUGGAUUUGUCAAGGCGGUUACCGACAAAGGUGUGUAUGUGGCACUAGGGAGAAGUACGGACGCGCGCGUCAUGAUCAAGGAGCUCUUUGACGAGUACGUGAAAGACUUCCGCGUGCGAUUCACACCUGCGCAACUUGUGCGUGGCACAGUGCUGGCCGUAGAUGGAGCCAAAAUCGAGUUUUCUUUGAAACGCAGCAGGCUAGAAGGUGCACCGCCGCCCAAGCAAAGUGGCGUGCUGCGUGAUUACAAGGCAGGGGAUAAAGUCGAUGCGUAUGUGCGUGGUACAGCGGAAUAUGGCGUCUUUGUGCAGAUUGAUGGCACGGACAUUAGCGGCCUUUCUCAUAAGAGCGAGCUGUCUGACAAUGUACAUGCCGAUGUGACGCAUGCUUUUGAGAUUGGCGAUCGAGUCAAGGCCAAGAUAUUGAAAGUGGAACCCAGCAAGGGCCGUAUCUCAUUUGGUUUGAAGCCGUCGUACUUUACAGAAGAGGAUUAUAAUAUGGAAGGCGAUGAUUUGGAAGCGACAGACGACGAUGACGAUGAGGACGACGACGAUGAGGACGACGCGGACGACGAUCUGCAAAGGAUUGUUGACCAAGUCGACGAAGAGAUGGAAGACGGCGAAAACAGUGCCGAAGAAUUCGAGUCCAAUGGCGCUCUCAACUUUAUUGAUGAUGAGGCAGAGGAGGACGAUGACGAUGAGGAGGAGGCUGAGGAGGACGAGGACGAGGACGAUGAGGAGGAGGAAGAGGACGAGGACGAGGACGAGGAGGAAGAGGACGAGGACGAGGACGAUGAGGAGGAGGAAGAGGACGAGGACGAGGACGAGGAGGAAGAGGACGAGGACGAUGAGGAGGAGGAAGAGGAGGAAGAGGAGGACGAGGAGGACGAAGGGGAGGACGACGACGACGACAAUGAAAGAGACGACGCCGCCAAUUUCAACGUAUCCAACGCAUCCAACGCAUACACCAGCACCGCAGCUCCCUUAUCAUCCCUCCAAGAAGGAUUUCGAUGGGGCACACAGUCCGCCAAUGCAGACGACGUGAGCGAUGACGAAGUCGGUGUAAGGAAUCAGAGCGCCCAUCACGCCACAGAAGACAUCACCGACAAUCUCGUCGCAAAGAAACUCGAGUCCGCUACCGACUAUGAACGUGUUCUCCUCGGUUCUCCCAACAGCUCCUACCUCUGGAUCCAGUUCAUGAGCUUCUACUUGCAGCUUGGCGACGUCGACAAAGCUCGCCAAGUUGCCCGCCGCGCCUUGCGCAUCAUUCAAUACCGCGAAGAGCAAGAAAAACUAAACGUCUGGAUCGCGCUCCUCAACGUGGAAAACACGUACGGAUCGCCCGAAACGCUCGACGCCGUCUUCCGCGAAGCAAUCCAGCUCAACGAUGCCCAGCAAGUCUACUUACGCCUCAUUGCCAUCUUUGAGGCAUCCGACAAGCUGGAACAAGCCGCCGACCUUUUCCGCCGCGCCACCAAAAGGUUUAGCUACGACCCCUCGAUGUGGACCCAGUGGUACCAAUUCCAUCUCCGGCACAAGGAUGCCGAAGCCGCUCGCGCACUUGUUCCACGCAGCCUCCAAAGCCUUGACCGACGCGAGCAUGUAACAGCGCUUGCCUCAUACGCCGUCGCCGAAUACAAGCUGGGCGAUGUGGAACACGCUCGAACGCUAUUCGAAACGCUCGUCGAACGCUACCCCAAACGACUUGAUCUCUGGUGGCAGUAUGUUGACCAGGAAGCGCGCCUAAACAACAUUGCCAAUGUACGCUCACUUAUGGAGCGGAUUAUGCUUGCGCGCUCCAAUUCCACCAAGCAAGUCAAGGCGCUCUUGCAAAAAUGGCUCGUGCUCGAAAAGAGGAUCGGCGAUGCACGCGGCGUGCAAUCAGUCCUCGACCGAGCGCGUGCUUUUGUUGCGCGCGUGCAGGAUACAUAA